AUGAUGAGCGAGAAAGAGGUACAGUAGUCCCUAGACUCAGGCCCCGCCCCAUUUCGACUUGGUCCCACCAAUCCCAUCCGCCGCUGACUCUUUUCUGAGUUUUCUGACCCGAUAUCUUUUUUGCAGUCGCCUUCACCGAAGAGCAAAAGAGAGCCAGAAGAUGAAGGUGAACAAGAAAAAGAGGAGAAGGAUUCGGAAGAGGACACGGCGAAGAAGCUGAAGACGACGUCAAAGUUCACUGUUAAUAGUAUACUGUCGCCGUUGGAGAACCUCGGUAAGUCAAGAAUUCCGUGUUUUCUUUUCCGUUUUCCGCCCCAUUCGCUCCUUCACAAGGCGCGUUGAAAAUGAAUCAAAAGCAAUAAUGGGUAUGAAGUGGUCUCCGAAGAGUCUCUUCAACCCUUCGCCUCCCUCCCUCCCCAUCGAAUCGUUCGUUUCCCUUCGCAGCUCGAGUCCAACAGCAGCUGCUCAAAAUGGCCGCCGCACAGUCUGGAAUUGCGGGCGCCGGAGUGGUGAACGGAGGACCGUUCCCGUACGGUCCCGCACGACUUGCUGCCAAUUACUUUGGCGCCGCAUCGUUUCCAGGGUUCGUUUUGUGAAGCUAACAGACUUUAAAAUAGUUAUUGCAGCUACAAUGGGAAUCAAGGGAACUGGUACAAUGGAAAUGAUGCUCGAUUUGCGGCAGCUGCAGCUUGUGAGUUACAUAUAUAAGUACCGUAAACACUGUAAUAGAAAGCAACUCCCGAUAGAGAUAUUGAAAAGUUGUCGACUAAUGAAAUGUGCACAAUGUCUUUCUGAGAAAUGUAUCAGUUGCCAACUUUUUGAUUCCCCCACCGUCAACUCAUAUAUGUUAUACUGUUUUCCAUAAAAGAACAGAAGACUUUCAGUGCUUCCGUGUACAAUGGAUCCGGUCCGAUCGGCAAUGACCCACCAGUUCCCGAUGAGUUCGAUGGGACAGCGACGGAAAAGAAGAGUCCUGUUCAGUCAGGCGCAAGUGUACGAACUGGAGAGAAGGUUUAAGCAGGCAAAGUACCUGACGGCGCCCGAAAGGGAACAGCUCGCCAACUCGAUUCGGCUGACGCCCACGCAGGUUUGGAUUCACCCUCUUAGAUUCUGCAAACAUUUCUUUCAGGUGAAAAUCUGGUUCCAAAACCAUCGGUACAAGUGUAAACGGCAGGAAAAGGAGAAAGCGAUGAGCGGGCUCGGACAGAGCGACGACGGAAGUUCGCCUCCGCCGGACAACGACGACGAUGACGAGUGGGGAUUCGGGCUGUGUGUCGGACAGAAUAUAACAACAAUUGUUAAUUUCAGCAAGUACUCAAUCGAAUGCGACGACAAAGAUGACGAUGAAGACGUUGCGAAGCAGCAAAUCAAAAGCGAACGGAGUCUUUGCGGUGAGUGGUUGCAAAGUGUUUCCAGUUGCAAAGUGUCCCUCUCACAUUCCAGAUGGCCUACCCCGGUCCCACGAACGCAGCCGCGGCGGUUGCAGCAGCUGCCGCUUUCAAUUUUCCGUUCGCCGCGCAGCCGGGAGCCAAUCCGGCCUACUACAUGCGUUGGUAG